GACGAGGUACUCCUCGUUAGUGUUUCAAUCCAAUGUCGAGCAAAAGAGACAACCUCUGACAAGAGUGCAGUCAACACAAUAAGCAGACCUAUAGUAUAUACAUUAUAUAUGGAUCAAACAAUUCUGUAUUUUUACUGUGUGCAAAAACAUUAAUAAAUUGUGGAAAAAUGAUAGAAACUUCCGACAAGAAGUUACUUUAUAAUACUGUAUUAUCACAAACGUUUUCUCCCGAUGGAAAUUAUCUUUUGGCUGGCAAUAUUUAUGGAGACGUGUCAAUAUUUGAUCUAUCAAAGACUUUAGGACCUAACAAGAUAGAAGAAAAUGAAUUACAAGGACCUAAUUAUCGUUUUGCCGCGCAUCCAGAACAGGAAAUUGCAUGCAUGCUCUCCAUGGAAAAUUUCCUCGUAACAGGAACACGUGGUGAAAUAUCAGGAUGGGACUGGAAGACAAUUACCUCGAAUAAAACUCCUAAGAGUAAAGCUUCUUGGAAUGUUCAAAUUCCUGCUAAUAAAAAUAAUUAUGAUAAACCAGACAUAAAUUACAUGGUGUAUUCGAAAGCAAAUAAUUUAUUACAUGCUGGUUGUGGUGAUAAUAACAUAUAUAUGAUAAACUUAGAGGAUGGGAGAAUUUUGAGAAGCAUGCAAGGUCACACCGAUUACAUACACUGCCUUGCUAUAAUGGAUAAUCAACUUGCAUCCUGCAGUGAGGAUGGUUCUGUGAGAUUAUGGGAUUUACGUAAGAGAGAGAAUACAAAUGUAUUAACACCCCAUUUAGUAGAUAAAGUUGCUCGACCACGAUUUGGAAAGUGGAUCGGUGCCGUUGAUUUCACAGAAGAUUGGUUGCUUUGUGGCGGUGGACCUAGUCUAUCAUUGUGGCACAUGCGGACGAUGGAGGCAGCGACAAUCUUUGAUCUGGCUGAUCAGGGAAUACAUGUAGCGGAAAUCUACGAGGAACGCGUGAUUGCCGGUGGUGCGGCCACUCAUGUUUAUCACAUGACAUACCAGGAUGAGAUAUUGGCUAAAGUACCAACCUCGAGUCUCACUGUAUAUAGUAUAGUGCAUCAAGAAACACCGCAUAAAGUACUUUGUGCUGCUGGUUCCUCGAAUUGUAUCGAUGUUAGUACGAAUUUCAAUUAUCGCGAGAUGACGCUCAAAUUUGCAUAAUACAAUAUUUAUUAGAAUAUUACAAAAUAGGUAUUGCGUUACAAUUUUAUUUUCUUAUUGAUUAAAUAGAUGGAACAACAGGUACGAUUAACGCUAGAAGUGUUUUUUUGUUUGUAAUAAAUAUAUUAAUAAAAUAUACAUCUAUUUUUUAUGAUACAAUUCUUUUGUACAAAUAUACAAAGGAUACUUACACGACUUCUCUCUGUGCAGCAAAAUUAAUUUUUUAGUAUAUUAA